AUGCCCGCUCGCCUCUUUCCAGGCCUCCGCGCGUCUGCGGAGCUCCUGCGGGAGAGCGAUGGCGGCGCCCACGCAGAAAAGCCCUGCGCGCCUGCUGCCCGCGGCGCGGAGAAAGCCCCGAGGCCUACAAAUCUGCCGCCCGCCGGGCGCCGGAGCGGAAGCCGCGAGCCGUUCUCUUUGGCGCAUUCUGACAGGGAAGAAGGGCCCUCGAGCGAGCGAGCGAGGUCGCGAGAGAUCGGCCCCGCGCCCACACGCUCUCCGCUGCCCCCCCCGCUGCCGCGGAAGGGGGGAGGCGCCAAGCCGCAGAAGAGCCCCUCGCUCGGUCGGUCUUCUUCUUCAUCCUCGCUUUCGUCUGCCGCGGCUUUCGCCCAUCCUGUCCACGCGUCGUUUGCCUCGCAGCUGCGUAGGUCGUCUCUGCUGAGCGGGGCGUCCGCUGCUUCGCGCUCUGUGUCGCCGGGCGCCGCGAGGCUCGGCGCGGUCUCGCCCUUUUCACGGCGGCCCCCGUCUUCAGGUUCUGCAAGGCAUCCGCCCUCAAAGCCCUCUGUCUUGUCCGCCUCCACUUCCUCCGCUCACUCAGCUGCUUCUUCUGCGCCCGCGCGGGAUGUCGCGGGGAGGAAGGCGGGCGCUGGCUGCAGAGGAGACGCGCAGCCCGCCUGUUCGAAGUCGACGGCCACCUCGAGCCUGCGGGCGACGCGGAGGGCUCCAGAGGCGGCAGACGAAGACAGCCCCGCGGGCCUCGCCACGCGUAGCGGCUCAACCUCGCGGACGCGCGACAGCGACAAGGAGGGAGUCCCCGGGGACAGGACGCUGCCUCAGUCCUCUCCGCCGACGGUAUCUGCGUCAGCCGGCUUCUCUGCCUCAGGCUCCUUCUCUGCAUUGUCGCGCGCCUCUCCUUUCCCUACUCUUCGCGGCGCUGCGUCCGCAAGCGUGCCGCCCGCCCGGAAGCGCGAGGAGGAAGCGGAGGGAGCGCGGCGCCGCGGCGAGGCUGUGCGCGUGCUGUCGCCGAGCGAGUUCGCCAGAGAGGGGAGGGCAGCCGGCGCGGAGAGGCGCUGCCCGGUCUCGCCUCGGCGUGGAGGGGCGGAGGCCGCAGAGAUGGCAAGAGAGAGGGAAGCAGCCUUAAGACGAAGAGACGCGCAGGACAGAAGAUGCGGCGCCGAGGAGGGCGCGCGACGGGGGCUGAGAGAGAGAGCCCAGCUACAGAUACCGGCGCACGAAAGAACUCGGGAGGCUCGCGAUCGUAGCGGAGGCACGCUGGAAGCUGGCGACCGCGGACGGGAGGCAGAGAGCGACGAGUCAGCGCAUCCUCUGAGUCGGGGGCGGCUGAGCGCUAGCGGACCGAGGAGGUCUUCUCUUUCUGGAGGACACAGCAGCGAGGCGAAGACAGGCGACUUCGAGACGCCGUGGGCGUUGGGGCCUACGUCGCCCUCGCGUCGUCGAUCCUCCUCCGCCUCGUCGUUUCCUUCUUCGUUCUCCUCAUGUCCUUCGCUCAGGCGCUGCGGCGAGGGCGGCGCCGGGGCUGCGGAGGCGCCGCGCAGCCCGCAGGCGCGGGGCGCAGCUUUCGCGUCGCCUCGCGCACGGUCGUCUAGAGGAGGCGACCGCGCCGCGGGCGCUGCAGCGAGAGAGGGUGAACGCCUCAGCGGGGCGGCGGCGGCCUUCCACGAAGAAGAGAGUUUCCGCCAUCCUGCUUUCUCCGCAGCGUACUACUCGCCUUCGUCUCUGCGCCGGCCGUCGUUCGGCUGUGAAUCCUCAGCCGCGUCGCCCACGGCAGCGGGGAGGCAACAGGCGCAGUCCGCCGCCGCACGCUGCGACGAGGGCGAGCGAAGGUCGGCUGAGGCGUCGUCGCAUGCGCGGCGCGGCGAAGAACAAGAAGCCAAGACGGCCGGGAGAGUCUCUUCUUCGUGGCUGGAACAGGAUCCUCUCUUCAGAGAGCUCACCAUGCGAGACGCCCGCGUCGUGCGAGAGCUGCCGGUGGACCUCCUGCUCGACGACUCCGACCCCCUUGGGCCUGGGGCCCAGCGCCGGCAGGUGUCUCCUCGCGGUCGCGAAGCGGAGACGCGAGGGGCUGCCGCAAGCGAGGGCCACGCCAGAAAACGGGCCGCGCAGGGAAUGGGCGGCGAAGCAGACCUCGACAGGCACGGCGAGAAGGAGCGCGACAGCCUGCUUCGCAAGCUUCAGUCGAGAGAAGAACUCACGAAGCGUCGCCUCGAAGGCGCCACCAUCGAGGCCCAGAGGGAGGCCGGCGGACGAGGGGACGCCGACCACGGUCCAAGUGCCUCGUCUCUGCCCCGAGGAGACUGUUUAUCGCGUUUCGGUCGCGGGCGGGGUCUCGCAGCCCCUCAGCGGCAGACGCCGGUCGACUGGGCAGUUGAAGAAGACUUCAGAGAACUUUCGUGGGAAGCGCGCAAAGAGGAGCGGCGCGGGUCUUUCUCGGGCUUGGGAGGAGCGACCGCCGGUAUCGCGUCCAGCGGUAGUCAAGUCGCGCCGACCGGCUUUCAUGCGCGAGCGCCUUCCUUCGAUCGCCAGCAGGCGUCCGCAAGGGUUGCGGCCUCUGUUGGCGCUUCUCGCUCCUCGCUCUCCACUCCGACGGCCUCACACUCGCCGAAAAUAACCGCGUCUGCCUCGUCUGCCCUGCGCGUGCGGUCGCGAGACUCAGAAACCAAGAAGGCUGGGGGUCGCCGUGCGUUUGUCUCGCUUCUCCCUCCGCCCGCGAGGAGAGAAAGGCCUCUUGAUGGCAAGCCCGAGCUGCAGGCCGCGUCUUCUGCGGCGGGCGAGCCUGCGGCGGCAUAUUCGCGUUUGAGAGAGGGAAGUGUGGCGGCGCCGGCAGCUGCGAAGAAGCAGAGAGGAGGCGCCGAGCGCUCUUCAGAGAAGAGACUCGCAAGCAGGCAUGCCGCGGCUCCCACGGGGUGCCUGCCUGCUGCAAGUGCCCCCGCUGCAGGCCCCGAGACGGCGGCGGCCCGCGCGAGACGCUGCGGCUCCUUCGAAGAGAGGAAGACGGGGGCCGAAGGAGGCGCAGCGCGAGGCCUAGAAGCAGAGGGAAGGCGGCUGCAAGAGACUGGAGGCGAAGUGCACGCGGGCGAGGAGGGACAGGCAGCCAGCAUGAUAGGGCACAGGUCGAGGAGGAAGAUGUUUAAAGACAGCGCGGAGGAGGGACAGGCGAAGAUGUGCGAGACAGCUGGCGAGGAAGACGACCAGACGCAGCUUCCGUUUGAGAAAAUGGGAUCGCAGUCUUUCUCGCCAACAUGCCUGGCCUGUCCAUCUGCUUCACGAGGUGUACGUACACCGGAGGGUGCCGCGCGGCAGCAGCUGCCGGGUGAAAGCGAGAAGGGACCGGAGACGCGAGAGACGGAGACAACGCAGAGAAAAGUGACAUUUUCUCCUCUGCGCUCGUGGCACAGCAUGUGCCGUGGAGUUUUGACGGUCCUUUUGCUUCUCUGGCGCCUGCUGACGUCUUCGUAUGACUCCCUCAUGUCGCAAGGAGGGGUGGACAGUCUCCUCACUGUCCUGCGGGACGCGCAGGAAGACGACGUCGCGGAGGCCGCGCGACGGCGAGAAGCAGCCGGCAAGGGGGACAGGAACGCGCGUGCGCAGACAGAGGCCAAGGGACAGGAGGAAAUCGGUGGAGGGAGGAGAGAAAACGAAGGAGGACACGCGGAGAAAGGAGGCAGCGGCAGGAGGGACGAAGCGGCCGACACGAGCGAACGGCGAGGCUGGUGUCUCUACGGCCGCCGCUGGGAGAAGCGAGGCAUCGGUGGAGAGCCAGGGCGAGCGAGUGAGCCGCACGAAGAAGAAGCUGGCAGUCCGCGCGCGGGCGAGCACACAAAGGGCUUCACGUUUCGAGAGUCGUUUGCCUUCCUUUUUCGAGGCAGGGCCCGGCGGGGUCACCAGCGGCUCCGUGCUGUUGAAGGUGAGGGGCGAGGCGAUGAGGACUUUACGAAAGAGCGGAAUCCGACCCAGAGGGGAGGUGAAGCCCGCGAGGCUCGAGAGGAGGGAGCACAGAGGCCACCCCCAGUUGCGGAAGAAGGGCUCAGAGCCGAAGAGACAGCACAUGCCAGUGGAAAGGAGACCAGCUGCCGUGGAGGGGAUCAAGGCGCUCUGUCGACUGCCGGCUUCUCGGCGCGCCUGAGCUCGAUUGCGAUUCUUGCUUGCGUUGGAGGGCUGUGCGCGGCCUUCCUGUUCGGUCAGAUCCUUUUCAGCGAAGAAGAGGCCUUCGACAGCGAAUUUUUUUCUGAUAUAGACGUCAUGUGA